UAACUCGACUCUCACCAGCUGACGGGAGAAUUUCUCGAACAAGUCGGUAGGUUUUAUCAGUUUGGCUAUAUGUGGCAAUUAAUUCGAUGCGAUAAGGUUCGUAUGGAUAGAUAUACGUGAUAUUUACCAUUUGUCAACCGCCGGAAGCGAUGAAACGUGAACUAUUGCUGGGUGUAAUUCUCGCGCUUGCCGCCUGCGGCGCGGAGGGCGGUAUCUCUCGCUUUUCGGAGGGCAGGAUUGUCGGUGGUGAAGCGACAACCAUCGAAGAACAUCCUUACCAGGUGUCGAUUAUUUACAACAACGAACACGUUUGCGGUGGGUCACUGAUAAGCAGUCGAUGGAUCUUGACUGCUGCGCACUGUAUCGAUGGACUCACCACAAGUCUGUUGAAUGUCCGGGCUGGAAGCACGUACAGAAGCAGCGGAGGGACUUUGAUCACUUCAAUCUCCUCGGUGAUCGUCCACGAAUAUUAUGACGAGGACAGCUACGACUAUGACGUUGGAUUGAUGCAGUUGACAUCCGCUCUGGCAUUGUCCACGACAGUAGCCACGGUCACUCUGCCAUCGUCAAGCUACACCAUAGAUAUUGGAACACAAUGCACAGUGGCUGGAUGGGGAAAAACGUCGUACGGAGGCACGCUUUCGGAGACUCUGCUUUACUUGACCGUUCCAAUCGUCAGCCAGACGUCCUGUUCAGCCACUUAUAUUUACCGGAACACCGUCACGGAUCAAAUGAUCUGCGCUGGCUACACUACCGGUACCAUGGAUACUUGUCAGGGUGAUUCCGGAGGGCCACUUGUCUACAACGGUAUCCAGGUCGGGAUCGUUUCCUGGGGAGCGGAAUGCGCGACCGUUGGUUAUCCCGGGGUUUACACGCGAGUCUCUGCGAUCCGAGAAUGGAUCACAAAGCGUGCCAGUAACAACGCCGUUACGAUGUAUCUAAAUAGUUUAUUCACCGAGCUGACGAUGAUCGUCCGCUGCUUCAUACUUCUUGUCAGUUACACCGGCUAUCUUCAAGGCACUGAACAAGCCAGUCGCAUUGUCGGUGGAAGCUACACAUCCAUAGAGCAGUAUCCUUACCAGGCGUCCUUGCAACGUAAUGGUCAUCACGUCUGUGGCGGUUCAAUCAUCAGUAACACUUGGAUUCUGACCGCCGCGCAUUGCAUCCGCAACUACAGCCACACCGUAUUCAAGGUCAGGACGGGGUCCUCUUACUACGACAGCGGCGGAAGGCUGACUUCCGUGGCGUGUAUUUUGGUGAACGAGAACUUCGAUUUGAUCACCCUUGACUACGACAUUGCGGCAGUAGAGCUGACCAGACCGCUGGCGUUCAAUAGCCACACACUUCCGAUUGCUCUCGCCACGAGGGCACAAGUUCUUCGGGUCGGUCAGGUGGCUACAGUAACCGGGUGGGGAACGACGAUGUCCUCCGGAACUCUCUCGAGGCGGUUGCAGAAGGUCGACUUACCGCUGAUAGCCUGGGCCGAUUGCCUCAAGAGCUACGUGGAACACCCGAUCACCGAGCGGAUGUUGUGCGCCGGCCAUCUUGAUACUGGUGGCCGAGACGCGUGUCAGGGCGACAGCGGCGGUCCUAUAGUUCUCAAUGGAAAAUUGAUCGGUAUCGUGUCUUGGGGAUUUGGAUGCGCUCUGCCGUCUUAUCCGGGAGUUUAUACGAGAGUGUUAUACUUCCGCGACUGGAUCGAGUACAAUACAAACCUGUGAUGAAAAGCCUCUGAAUCUCACUUCAUAAUCCACUGCUGAUCGAUUUAUUUGGCUCAUUUAUCUAGACCUCGAGGAUUGAUGCAGUUUGGAACGUCAGUACUCGACCAAAUCAUUGGACGCAGCUUUCCCGGGAUGGGAUUAUCAACCAUUGUAGACAUUUUAACUGUACAUAUCUGUCAUUAUAUCGCGUAUGUUGCUUUGUAUGAUCAAUAAAAAACA